AUGAAAGAUUUUCGAAUGCGGUAUCCACCACUUCUCAUUUAUACACUCACACCAACUAAUCAAAAGGAUGUCAAAAACAUCAAUUCCGAGUUACCAGCUUCUAAAGUUAAAUAUCCAGAUUUAAAUAUGCCUGAAAGUAAAUGUGAAGAAAAAUUGCCUACUGUCAACUUGGCUGAUCUGUUGGCUUCUGAGUGUAAAAACCCUACGUUAUCAUUUAAAAGCAUUCAAAAUGGACGUGCUGGAGUGCAAAAUGGAAAGAACACUAUUUUUCAACGUCCAUUGCCACCUAAACCACUGCCUUUUACAAAUCGUGUACAGUAUACUCCCAAAAUGGUAUCCGCACAGGUCUCGGAAACAUCACUGAACAAUCCUAAGCAGAACAGUACUCAGGUUGAUAGAGGACAAAGUCUUGUAACGCCGGUAAAAUUUGACCGAAGUUCGACUAAUCGCACAUCGAAUCGCAUUUCAUUGCCUGAUUCAGUGAAAAGAGAUGAAAAUAUAGACGAUAAAGUAUGGAAACUACCCACUGAACAUUCAGAUGAAGAAUCUCGUGUUUACAGUGAUCCACGUGAAAAAUGGCAUUUGGAUAAACCAUUAGCUAACAAACCUUCUGGACAGAUUGUUGAAAAUACAGUAAAUAAACUAACUGACUCAUAUGUGGAUCCAUGGAAAAUCCCAUUACCUGCUUCAACAAAUAGUUUUUCAAUACAAUCAGUACCUAACAUUCCUCCAUCUGAAACUAAACCAAAGAAUUUAGUGAAUUCUCAGUCAUCCCCAACGGUUUAUGAACAGCCAGAUGUUCUGAACAAUCAAGUUGGCCCAGCUGCCUGCACAACUUUGGCUAUUCGUCAGACGCGUACCAAUGGCCUACGUAAUCUUGGCAAUACAUGCUAUAUGAAUUCUGUGGUACAGUGUUUGGCUCACACCAGAGCAUUGGUCCACUACUUCCUUGAUGGAUUUCAUGAACGUAAAGCUGUAGUUUCUAAUCUUCUUGGUUAUGGCGGAGAAAUUGUUAAACAUUUUGAAGUACUGCUCACAGCCUUAUAUAAUCAACCAAAUCAAGACACUGAAUUGCAUAAAUUCAGAUCGGCGGUUGCCAAACAUCAAGCUAAAUUUUCAAGUAAUGAUCAACAAGAUAGCUUAGAAUUUCUUCUCUUUCUGCUGGAUGGUCUUCAUGAAGACCUUAACGAAGCUCGUUCGGAACGGAAUAACAGUGCAAAGCCUACACAGAAUGAAUUGAAAACUGAGUACAUGUCUAGUAGGGAACAAGCAGAAGCCGCAUGGAUUCAGCAUAAAGAUUUAAACAAUUCAAUUAUUGUAUCUUCAUUUCAAGGACUAUUGCGCUCCACUGUAAAGUGUAACGAUUGUCACAAAACUUCCGUUACAUUUGAUGUUUUCAUGGUAUUAUCUUUACCUAUGGAACAAAAUAAUGCAUGUCAGUUGACAAAUUGUCUUGAGUUGUUUCUUAAAAAAGAAGAAAUGGUCGGUCCUUGCCGUUGGCACUGUCCAACUUGUGAUACUAGACGAGAUGCUUCCAAAUGCAUAGAAUUAUGGAAAUUACCAACGUAUUUGAUUAUACACUUGAAGAGGUUUCGAUAUGAAUAUGGUAACUGGAGGAAACAGACAACAAGUGUAAAUUUUCCUGUUGAAAGUCUAGAUAUGGCUCCCUUUAUUGUGGGUCCCAAAUUGCAUUCCAGUGAAUAUGCUUUAUUCGCUGUCUUGAAUCAUCGUGGUACAAUGGAAAGUGGUCAUUAUACGGCCUUCUGUCGAAAUAUCCGUGAUAGUCGAUGGUAUGAAUAUGAUGAUGAAAGUGUAUCAUUAUUGAAUAGAAAUGAAAUACAAAAUGACAACGCUUAUAUAUUGUUCUAUGAAUUACUACCUCGAGUAGGUGUAUUUUUUGAAAGUUCAUCGAAUACGGCUCGAUGA